GGGAUGGUUGAGUUGUUUGGGAUCAUGGGGGAUUUUGUAGUGAGGGGUUUGUUCCCUGUGCUGGUGUUAGUUGGAGCUGUUUGUUGCUCUGAAACUUGGCAACAGCUACUGAGCCGGAGGUUUCCAUGGAGAAUAGUGAGAGCCACCCCUGUGCCUGAGAGAGUCCCUCCUCAUGGGGGUCCCAUUGGUUCCAGUUUCAGAAUGUCUGAGGGUGGGAGUGUGUCUCCACUGCAGACUGUGAUGGUACAGUGUGGAGAGCACAACCUGCUGGUCAGGGCACAGUUGGAUUUAUUUGGAACCAGGCACCUGAUUAAAGCUGCUGACCUGACCCUGGGGACAGCAGGUUGUCGGCCAACCAGGAUUGACCCUGAGAACUACACUGUCGUCUUUGACUAUGGCCUGCAUGAGUGUGGUAGCAGAUUGCAGAUGACUGGAGAUUUCCUGAUCUACACCACCCACCUGACCCACAUCCCAAACUAUCCUGGAUCUGUCAUUGUGAGAACCAACGGAGCUGUCAUUCCCAUUGUGUGUCGUUAUUUGAGGAAGGGCAAUGUGAGCAGUAACCCCAUCAAACCCACCUGGAUCCCAUUCAGCUCCACCAGGUCUGGAGAAGGGCAUCUGGCAUUCUCCCUGCGUCUAAUGAAUGGUGACUGGCUGACAGAGCGCACUUCCACUGUCUACUCCCUGGGAGACCUCAUUCACAUUGAGGCGUCUGUUUCAAUGGACAACCACGUGCCCCUGAAGCUAUAUAUUGACCGCUGUGUAGCAACGCUGAGCCCAGACAAGGACUCCAGCCCCAGAUACAGCAUCAUUGACUACAAUGGUUGCCUCCUGGACAGCAAAGCUGAGGACUCCUUUUCAACCUUUGUGUUGCCGAGAGCCGAGCGGGAGCCAGACAAGCUCAGGUUUGACCUGGAUGCCUUCCGCUUCUAUGGAGAUGAGCGUUACCUGAUUUUCAUCACCUGUCACCUGAAAGUUGCUGCAGUGGAUCAGGGAGAUUCCAGGAACAAAGCUUGUACUUUCCAGAAGCUGCACAAGGUGUAAGUGUACCCUGCCCCA